CCACACCCAAAACCCAUUUUCAAUUUUUUCACCGUUUCUUUUCUCCUCUGUAAGAAGACACCAAAAACAGAGGAAAAUAAAAAAAAGAAAAACACAAAAUAAAAACCAUCCUCCAAAAUAAAUUACUCAUAAAAAUGGAGUACAGAAUCUGAACAGCUUCUUUCUCUGCUUCUGCUUCUCGUCUUCUCCACUCUACAAUGGAUUUUCGAUGAUUUUUUCUGUUUUUUUUAUCUUAUAAACCCAUAAUUUCCCCACCUUCUAUUAAUGGCAGCUUCUACUUUAUCCUCUGACCCAACUCAAGAAGUGUUUCCAUGGCUCAAAUCCUUACCUUUAGCACCGGAAUUCCACCCUACCUUUGCUGAGUUUCAAGAUCCAAUUGCCUACAUUUUCAAGAUCGAGAAGGAGGCUUCUAAAUAUGGAAUCUGCAAAAUCGUGCCUCCAGUUCCUCCAGCACCGAAGAAAUCCGCAAUUACCAACCUCAAUCGCUCGCUCGCCGCCCGAGCUGCCUCUGCUGGCGCUGCCACCUCCAAGCCCUUGCCUACAUUCACCACGCGCCAGCAGCAGAUCGGAUUCUGUCCCAGGAAGCCCCGACCCGUGCAGAAGCCAGUGUGGCAGAGUGGGGAAUACUACUCUUUUCCCGAAUUCGAAGCUAAAGCUAAGAGUUUUGAGAAGACUUACUUGAAGAAAUGUGGGAAAAAAGGUUCACUUUCGCCGUUGGAAGUUGAAACCCUCUACUGGAAGGCCACUGUGGAUAAACCCUUUUCGGUAGAGUACGCCAACGACAUGCCCGGCUCUGCUUUUGUGCCGGUGACUGGGAAGAAGAGCGUUGGUGUUGGUGGUAGAGAGGCAGGGGAAGGGGUGACGGUGGGUGAGACUGCGUGGAACAUGAGGGGGGUCUCCAGGGCAGAAGGCUCAUUGUUAAGGUUCAUGAAGGAAGAGAUUCCAGGAGUUACGUCGCCCAUGGUGUAUAUUGCUAUGAUGUUCAGUUGGUUUGCUUGGCAUGUGGAGGAUCAUGACCUCCACAGUUUGAAUUACCUGCAUAUGGGAGCUGGGAAGACCUGGUAUGGGGUGCCGAGGGAUGCUGCCGUUGCAUUCGAGGAGGUGGUCAGAGUCCAUGGAUAUGGAGGAGAGGUUAACCCUCUCGUAACUUUUGCUACUCUUGGUGAGAAGACCACGGUGAUGUCACCCGAAGUAUUUGUUAGUGCAGGGGUUCCAUGUUGCAGGUUAGUGCAAAAUGCUGGGGAAUUUGUAGUUACUUUUCCAAGAGCUUAUCAUUCCGGAUUUAGUCAUGGCUUCAAUUGUGGAGAGGCAGCUAAUAUUGCAACUCCUGAAUGGCUGAGGGUUGCUAAAGAUGCUGCUAUUCGAAGAGCUUCAAUCAAUUAUCCUCCCAUGGUAUCACAUUUCCAGCUGCUUUAUGAUCUCGCACUUGCAUUAUGUUCAAGGAUACCUAUGAAUGUUAGUGCUAAGCCACGAAGUUCUAGACUAAAAGAUAAGAAGAAGGGUGAAGGAGAAACAUUGGUUAAAGAAUUAUUUGUGCAGAAUGUGAUACAGAACAAUGACCUUCUUCAUUUUCUUGGAAAAGGGUCUUCAGCAAUAUUACUUCCUGAAGGCUCUUCAGACAUUUCUGUUUGUUCAGAUUUACGGGUUGGAUCCCAAUUGAGAGCACACCCCAGGAUGCCCCUCGGUGCAUGCAGUUACAGUGAUGUGAUCAAAUCCUCUAAAGGCUUAGAUUCUGGCAAUGAUGUGCUAGGCAGCAGUGAUGGAAUGAAGCCAGUGAAAGGUUUCUAUUCUGUGAAAGGGAAAUUUGUUUCUAUUUGCGAACGAAGCAUGAUUCCUUCAUUAAGUGAAAAUAAAAAUAUAGGCACUCUAGCUUCUCAGUCUUUGAGCAAAGAUACUGAAAGAGAAAGUAGUGUUCAAGGAGAUGGUUUAUCAGAUCAGAGGCUGUUUUCAUGCGUCACGUGUGGAAUUUUGAGCUUUGCAUGUGUUGCUGUCGUUCAACCAAGAGAAGCAGCUGCUAGAUACCUUAUGUCAGCUGACUGUAGCUUCUUUAAUGAUUGGACUGUUAGCUCUGGAGUGACAAGUGAAGGUUUCACCCUUGCUAGCAGGGAUACAAUUAUUUCUGAGCCUCGCUCUCGUACAAGAUGGACAGAAAAGAGCAGUCAGGAUGGUCUGUUUGAUGUUCCUGUUCAAUCUGUGGAUUACCAAAUUGAGAUGGUAAAUCAAGCUAAUGAAGGGGUUUCAGAUACCCAAAUGCGGGGAGAGACCUCUGCUCUUGGCUUGUUAGCUUCGACUUAUGGAGAUUCUUCUGACUCUGAUGAAGAUCAUCAUGCAACUGAAGCUCGGAGUCCCUUAUUGUUAAGAGAAAAUAGCGGGGAUGAAACUUCUCUCCGAAAUAUUGAUUGCUAUGAGGAACCUGGAUAUACAAGAUCUAAUUUCAAGUCUAGAAGUGAUCAAACUUUUGACAACUCUGAGUUUGAAACUGAUAAUCUUACAUCGCCAAGAUCAAAUAGCUUGGACAGUGCCUCAAAAGAGCUGGUCAUGGCAUCAAAUGCUACUUCCAACUGUUCUCCAGUUUCCUUUGUUGCUGAGAAGACAAGGUUUAGCAGAAUGAUAAUGCCAGUUGAGAAAGCAGAUAUGCCAUAUGCUCAAAAAUCCGAUGAAGAUUCUUCCCGGUUGCAUGUCUUCUGUCUUGAGCAUGCUGUGGAAGUAGAGAAGCAACUUCGUCCAAUAGGUGGAGUGCAUAUCAUGCUCCUUUGCCAUCCUGAGUAUCCCAGGAUAGAGGCUGAAGCAAAGUUAGUUGCUGAAGAACUGGGAAUUGAUUACCUCUGGAAUGACAUAAAAUUCCAGGUUGCUACCAGAGAGGAUAAGGAAAGGAUACAAUCUGCUCUCGAUAGUGAGGAAGCUAUUCCUGGAAAUGGAGACUGGGCUGUAAAGUUGGGAAUCAAUCUGUUCUACAGUGCUGUCCUGAGCCGGUCUCCUAUGUACACUAAGCAAAUGCCAUAUAAUUCUGUUAUAUACAGUGCAUUUGGGCGUAGUUCUCCAGCUAGCUCGCCCUCAAAAUCAAAUUCUCAUGGUAGGAGGCCUGCAAAACAGAGAAAGGUUGUUGUAGGAAAAUGGUGCGGCAAAGUUUGGAUGUCAAAUCAGGUACAUCCAUUUUUGGCACAACGGGAUCUCGAGGAACAAGAACAGGAAAGAAGCUUCCAUGCCCGGGCAAUUGCAGAUGAGAAUCUUGAGAAUAAACCAGAGAAUAUUCACAAGGCACAAACCACCUUAGAGACAAGAAAGUAUAGUAGGAAGAGAAAGACGGCAACAGAAAUUGUGCCAAUGAAGAAGAUAAAACCCAUUGAGACGGAACCUGUAAUUCCAGAAGGUUCACUGGAGGAUGGUUCUUAUAAGCAACAUAGGAGAGUUUCAAGAAGCAAGCAAACCAAAUAUGUUGAGAAGGAAGAUGCUGUUUCAUGUGAUUCACUGGAGCAGAACACUCGUCAGUGGCACAGGCGAUCUUCUAGAAGAAAGCUAGCUAAAACUGUUGAAAGGGAGGAUUCAUUGUCGGAUGACCCACUGGAAGAUAAUUCUCUUCUGAAGCAAAGACGGAUUCUUAGAGGCAAGCGGGUAGAACAUUUUGAGUCAGAUGAUGCAAUUUCAAUUGGUUCACUCGGAGAUAAUUCUCCUUUGCAGCAGAGAAGAACUCUUGGAAGCAAGCAAACCACGUUUAUUGAGAGAGAAGAUGCAGGGUCAGAUGAUGAUUUGGUGGAUGAUUCUCAUCAUCAUUAUCAGAGGAUUUCUAGGGGCAAGGAAACUCAAUAUGUGGAGAGGGACUUCACUCUUUCAGAUGAUUCAAUGGAGGAUGAUUCUCUACAACUGGAUAGGCGUGGGCUUGGGAACAGGCAAACCACACUCACCGAGAUGGAAGGUGUUGUUUCGUGUGAUUCAUCUGAGGAUCAUUCUCAACAGCAACGUAGUAGGACACGGAGGAGUAAAGAAACAAAAUUUGUUAAUAAGGAAGAUGCAGGUUCAUAUGAUUCACUGGAGGAUAACUCUCAUCAGCAGCCUAGAAAGAUUCCAAGAGGCAAUCAAGUUAAGUUUAUUGAGAGGGAAGAUACAGUUUCAUAUGAUUCACUUGAAGAUAACUGUCAUCCUCAGGGUAAGAGGACUCAAAGAAGCAAGAAAGCCAAAGAUAUUGAGAGGGAAGAUGGCGUAUCAUAUGAUUCAUUGGAGGAUAGUUCUCAUCAACGGCGGAGAAGGACUCUUAGAAGCAAGAAAAUGAAGCCUAAGAUCAUCCAGAAAGUGAAAAUGGAGACACCUCAGCAUAUGAAGAAAGGGAAACAUCUUCCAGCAAAACAACAGACCUCUCGUAAAAAGAAGCAAGAAACUCCUCGGCAGCAGAAUGAUAAAAGUGGGCAGAAUACCAGACAGUUUAGUACAUAUGUUGAAGAGCAGUUAGAAGGCGGACCUAGCACGCGACUUAGGAAAAGGAUCUUAAAGUCCCCAAAAGAAAUAGUAGUGCAAGUAAAAGAAAAGAAGCAAACUGGUAAGAAAAAAGGGAAGAAUGCUUCAGCUGGCAGCAGCAAUGCCAAAGUGAAGGAUGAAGAGGCAGAGUACCUGUGUGAUAUGGAAGGAUGCACGAUGAGUUUUGUAUCAAAACAGGAGCUUGUCCUGCACAAAAGAAACAUCUGUCCAGUCAAGGGGUGUGGGAAGAAGUUUUUCUCCCACAAAUAUCUGGUGCAGCACCGUCGAGUCCAUAUGGAUGACCGCCCCCUGAAGUGCCCUUGGAAAGGCUGCAAGAUGACAUUCAAGUGGGCAUGGGCUCGGACAGAGCACAUAAGGGUUCACACUGGUGCUCGCCCUUACGUGUGUGCUGAAGCAGGCUGUGGGCAGACAUUCCGAUUUGUGUCAGAUUUCAGCCGUCACAAACGGAAGACGGGGCAUUCAGCAAAGAAGGCCAGGGGAUAAAUUAAGGGAGAGUAGUAUUUUAACAUUGCUAAUGAAUCUGGUGUUAAAUUAGGAGGGAUAGAGGUAGGUUUAGUUUUAAGGAUAGGGUUAGAGUGUCCUGUAAUUUUAUCUAUUGGUGCUGGUGGGGCGUCAUUGGUCUCCCUCAUUUACUGCUACUAGAGCAUUUGUUCUUGGACCUUGAAACAGAUUCUUCUGCACUGGAUAUCACCUGUGAAAUCAAGCAAUUUAUGUUGUUCUGUCUUU